AUGUCGAUUGGGAUUGGCUCACUGUGGAGGUUGCCAAAAUUUAGGGUAUUUGCUUUAUGUCCUGUUAGACUUGACCUUGACCAGAGAGUCUUCAAGAUGCCAAACUGGGGCGGAGGAGCGAAAUGCGGAGCCUGCGAAAAGACCGUCUACCACGCGGAAGAAAUCCAGUGCAAUGGAAGGAGUUUCCACAAGACCUGUUUCCACUGCAUGGCCUGCAGGAAGGCUCUGGACAGCACCACAGUGGCAGCUCACGAGUCAGAGAUCUACUGUAAGGUCUGCUACGGGCGCAGGUACGGCCCCAAGGGGAUCGGGUAUGGACAAGGCGCCGGCUGCCUCAGCACGGACACGGGUGAACACCUGGGCCUCCAGUUCCAACAGUCCCCAAAGCCGGCACGCUCUGCCACCACCAGCAACCCUUCCAAGUUCACUUCGAAGUUCGGAGAGUCGGAGAAGUGCCCUCGAUGCAGAAAGUCAGUCUAUGCUGCUGAGAAGGUGAUGGGAGGUGGCAAGCCUUGGCACAAGACCUGUUUUCGCUGUGCUAUCUGUGGGAAGAGUCUAGAGUCCACGAACGUUACUGACAAAGAUGGGGAACUUUAUUGCAAAGUUUGCUAUGCCAAAAAUUUUGGCCCUACAGGUAUUGGGUUUGGGGGCCUUACACAUCAAGUGGAAAAGAAAGAGUGA